AUGAUAGACCGCGCUCCUCUGAAUUAUUUCACCUGCACGCUGGGCGAGGCAGCCGAGGCCAACAACUCUCGAUCCUCAGACAACGUCCGGACCGUGAACGAACUGCUGGAGAGCCAGGCGAGGAAGCACCCCGACUUGCCAGCGGCAGGAUUCCCCGUACCGUCAGCAGAGGGGCACGACUGGGGGCGUGAGAUAUUCACAUUCCAAGACCUCCUCCGGGGGUCGCUGGAAGUAGCGAGUCACCUAGGUCCAGCUCACGAGGACGAAACGUGGGCGCGCACGGGGGAUGGAGAAUGCGUUGCGCUGCUCUGUCACAGCUCGAUCGACUUUCUGUUUGCCUGGCUGGGGCUUAUGCGGGCGGGAUUUCCAGUCCUGCUGAUCGCUCCUCAGUGCAGCCCUGAAGCGAUUGGGGCAUUAUGCAAGUCGUGCAAAGUUUCCCGGCUGUACCACGACACGGUACAUUCCAAAGCCGCGUCCGCUGCGGCAAAGCUUGGCUCAGCGCUGCGGCCCAUCUUGUUAUACUGGCAGGAAGGGACGCAGCCCGAGAGCCGCAUCUGCGAUCUAGUGAGAGAUACACGAGUACGAGUACGUGCCGAUCAGGUUCUGGGGCCGAAACCCUCGGCUGAGGAUGUAGCAUACAUUCACCACUCGUCCGGAACGUCGACAGGGCUGCCGAAGCCCAUCCCGCAAUCGAACUCGGGCGCCGUGGGGGUUCUACCGAGUCUCGAGGGGCAGGAUGCGGCCACUUUCACUACGACGCCUCUGUACCAUGGGGGUAUCGCGGACUGCUUUCGGGCGUGGAAAAGUAACGCCCUGAUAUGGCUCUUCCCUGGUGCCGACGUCCCCAUCACAUCAAAGACGAUCCUUUCGUGCUUGUCCAUCGCUGCGCGAGCAACCGCCGUUGACAGCUCGCCGUCGGUGAAAUACUUUUCGAGCGUCCCAUACGUCCUCAAGAUGCUCGCGGAGAGCCCAGCCGGGCUCUCAGCUCUCCAAAGCAUGGAGAUAGUAGGCGUAGGAGGCGCAGCCCUUCCCCGAGAAGUUGGCGACACCCUAGUGGCAAAGGGAAUCCACCUGACCUCGCGUUUCGGAAGCGCCGAGUGUGGAUUCCUGCUCUCGUCUCAUCGCGCGUAUUCAUCUGAUACAGAGUGGCAAUACUUGAGAGCACCACCGCGAAGUCCGCUACGCUUCGAGGAUCAAGGCGAUGGGUCUGGCUUAUCUGAGCUGGUCGUCCUGCCCAGUUGGCCACACAUGGCGAAACGUAACAGAGGUGAUGGUAGCUACGCUACCAGCGACCUCUUUGAGCCGCAUCAAACCAUAGCGGAUGCCUGGAGAUAUCACAGUCGGAGCGACAGUCAGAUCACGCUGCUUACGGGGAAGAAGUUCGACCCUGCGCCUCUGGAGGACGCAAUCAGAGCCACUUCCGCGGUCGUGCGGGAUGUGUUGAUCUUUGGAAACGACAGGCAGAUGCCUGGCGUCCUGAUCUUUCCUCGCUCCGAGAACGACGGCCUUACGGCUGAUGAAUUGGCAGACGAGAUCUGGAGGAGCAUCGAGAAAGUGAACUCGGACGGACCGAGCCAUUCUCGCAUAGCUCGGGACAUGGUGGUCGUAAUGGCAGGCACGCACCAACCUCUUGAGCGGAGCAGCAAAGGCACUUUGCUGCGGAAUCAGGCGGAGAAGACGUAUGCCAUGGACAUUGAGAACGCGUACCGGGUGGAUGGCCACGAGGUGGUAAGCAAGGAGGCGCAGCAUGACGGCUCUGACGAAAGUGCGAGUGCGGAAUCGAUCGUGAGGGGUGGGAUUUUAGAGGUCAUGGGAAGUCAAGUCAGUAUUGCAGAUGAGGCGGACUUUUAUCAACAUGGAGUGGACUCUACGAGAGCUACACAGAUAAGAUCACUUCUUCAAAAGCGAGUUGGACGAUCUUUACCGUGGAACGUUGUAUAUGAUUGUGGUAAUAUCGUGAAGCUUAUCGAGUACAUUCAAAAGAUCCAAAACGGCUGGGACCCAGUGGACGAUGGCCAAGAGGCGGAAAUGGUGAAGGCACUUGUUGAAAAGUACUCCCGAUUUCAAGUCCAAUCACCAGUAAAGCCCCCAACGAGGCGUGGUGUCUGCAACAAGCGAGUUGUGAUUUUGACUGGAUCAACAGGGAGCCUGGGGUGCCAUAUUCUGGAGAUCCUGAGGAACAGCCCCGAUAUAUCGCGUAUCAUCUGCCUCGUCAGGGCCGAAGACGAUGCCAGCGCUGCCAAGCGAGUGUCGAGCAGUUUGGUUCAACGACGAAAGUUACCAUUGUCGCCUGAAGACCUGGAACAUCGAAUCUGGUGUGUGCCUUUCCAGCUGCAGCAGCCGGACUUGGGUCUCGCUGCCAAAACAACUGAGCAGAUCAGAAACACCGCAUCGCAUUUCAUCCACGCCGCCUGGGCAGUGAACUUCUCGCUCCCGCUCAAGUCUUUCGUCGGCGAACACAUCCGCGGCCUCCACACCCUGCUCAACCUCGCCGCCUCGUGCGCGAACCUGCGCCGAUUCGCCUUCUGCUCCAGCACGGCCAGCGUCCUGGGCCAAGCCACCGCGCAAGACCUGCAGCAGCUGCGCUCCUCCUCCAUCCCGGAGGAGAUCUGCACGACGCCCCCGCCCACCGCCGCUCUCGGCUACUCGAAGAGCAAGUGGGUCGCCGAAGCCAUCUGCGCGCAGUACGCCGCCCGUGGUCGGACGACGUCGACGCCCCAGCCGCUGCUGCCGGGCAAGAUCCAGGUCCUGCGCGUCGGCCAGCUGACGGGCGAUACGGCGCACGGGGUGUGGAACCGCGCCGAGGCGUGGCCGCUGAUGCUCGCGGCGGCGGCGCAGAUGGGCUGUCUCUUUCCCAUGCUGGACGGCGUGGAGCUGGACUGGCUGCCUGUGGACGUGGCGGCGCGGGCGGUGGUGGAGAUAGCGCUUCAUCACGACGCCGAUGGUGACGACGACAGCAACAGCGAGGACGAUAGCAGAAAUGGUAUAGUCUACCACCUCCUCAACCCCUCCACGCCACCAAGCACGUGGACCGAUCUCCUGGCCUGGCUCCGCGAGACCGUCCCUCCGCCGUUCCACGUCGUGAGUGCAAUUGACUGGCUCGAUGCCUUGGAGAAGAUGGAUGCAAGCACUACUCCAGCGCAGAGCCUGCUAGGGCUGUGGCGAGCCGCGUACGGUGGCUCUGGCUCUGGCUCUCCCGCAGCGAGGGAACCGGUGCGAUUCGAGACGGGGCGGGCGCGGGCGGAGAGCGCGGCCUUGAGGGAGGUUGGGCCCGUGGAUGGGGUUCUGGUGGGGAAGAUCUGGCGGUGGCUUGUUGAAGUUUGA